AUGGAGUCACUAGAAAACUUAUUACAUCAGGGGGAAUAUAACAUGUUUCAGUAUGCCCCCAUGUUUGAAAGCGAUUUCUUCCAAAUCAGUAAGGAAGGUAACCCAAUUGAGGUCCACAAUAAGAAGAAAGUCAUUACACUUGGAGUGACUUCCACCAUUCCCACACUACCGAUCCCUAAUACCCUGCUUCUGGCAAGCUCUUUGGUCUCAUCUGAAGAACAUAUUUCAAAAUCCACAUCCAUAUUCCAUCAGCACUUUCAAGGGAAUUUGGAACUAAAAAGGUUAUUCCCUUUGUGCUUGGUCAAGAUUUCAAUCCACAACAUGGAAAAGCAGCAGCUGCGACUUAAACUAGUAACUGGCCGCACCUACUACCUUCAGCUGUACCCUGCAUCACAUCAGCAACAAAACCUUUUCGUUGGCUGGAUAAAGCUUGUACAAACGUUACGGCCUUCUUCAAAAACCAAUGUCAACCAGCAGAAGCCAGAAAACCAAAAAUUAAAGAAGAAAGGUGCACCUCUAGUUCCACCUCCGAAACCUAAAACCCCACCUCCUCAGAGAGAAUCUCAAUGCACACCUGCAAAAAAGACAAAGGAAAAAAAGAAGAGUAUUCGUCCUGUCAUUCAAAACCCUACUACUAAGGCAAAGGAAACAAAAAAAGGAAAGGCUCCAACUGCUGUACGUUCUAAGAGCUCUCCCACUCCUAAAAUCAAACCACCACCUCUCAAAAUAGAGAAUAUUCAUGAGGCCUCCUGUAAAACAACCCCAGAGGAGAAGAACAUUGCAAAAAAACUAGAGAAGGAGAAAACAAAGAAUCCUGUUGCUGGAGGUGAAAAAGAAAACUUGGAUAUUAACAGGUACAGGUAUGUGAAAGUUAAACAGAAGUAA